ACGUGCACCUGUACGCAGUUUGAAUCUCUCGCUCUGUCCCAGUAAACCAGACUGGAUUUAUCGUCAUAGUUUAUCCUUAUUAUAAUGUUCUCUGCCUCGGCGCCAGAAUGUAAAGUAAAACAUUAAAGAUUAAUUUAGAGACGGCAGCUUGAUUGUACCCAGAAAAGGACAAUUCUCAUCGCAGUGAAGGUACGAGCUGUCCGCAUCAAACCAACACAUCUCCCAUUUACUGAAGUCAUCAUCAAGCCCAACUCUGAUUAUUAUGUACAAAUAUCAAACACCACGAAGAAACAAACAAGGCCAUUGACGGCGGAAGAUUACUCAGGAAUCCUGUUUAUACUUUGAAGUCCCGGUAGAGAAAGAAAACAAAUGUCCUGUUGGUUUAUUGAGAUAAAGAGAGCACUGAAGUGUAAUGAUGCGACCUGACAUAAUGAUAAUCAAAUGGGGCAGAGAGCCGAAAUGGGAGGAGGACAUUCCAACACAAACGCACGAAUCCCCAUCCACCACACAAAACAAUAGGGCUGCUCAGCGGGAGACGUGUCAGUGUCUGGCCGCCGGUCCGACUGUCAGGACUAUCCCCUUGAGAAACUGGUCUGUCGCUUAAUGGCGUUCAACAGGACUUACAAGGUGCAACCAAAGAAAUAAGACUGGAGCGGUGACCAUGGAGACGGUUUAGCCCCCUCCGACCGGCCCCUGGACCCCCGGUGGGGGACAUGCGGCCCUACCAGGCCCUCUGCGACCCCGAGGGCCGUCGGGGCCCCUGGGGGCUGAGGGCGCGGGUGCGCCGGCUGCUCUGCCUGACCGCGGCCCAGCAGGGGGACGCCCGUCUGGACCCCCAGCCCGGCGUCUGGCUGAAGAGCUUCCAGAGCCUCGACUGCGACGCACACGCACAGGACCCGGUGCAGGAGUGGGGAGAGGAGGUGGAGGACGGGGCGGUGUUCGGCGUCACUCUGCGACGGGAGCCGGUGGAGCCGGACCCCCCGGAGGGCCCCCAGACCCCCGGGACCCCCCCCGGGACCCCCGCGACCCCCCCCGGGUCGGGGUUCAUCCAGUACCACACGGUGAAGGUGCGGCGGCUGAAGGCGGCGUCCCUGGAGCGGCUGGUGGACCACCUGCUGGACCCGGAGCACCGCGAGGCCGACUUCCCCCGCGUGUUCCUGGCCACGUACCGGGCCUUCACCUCGGCCAGCGGCCUCAUAGAGCUGCUCUUCAAGAGGGAUGACUCCAGAGCCUACCCCGAGGGCGACACCAGCCCCAGGAGCACGCUGGGCCCGGUGGUCCGUCUCUGGCUGGACGAGUUCCGGGAGGACCUGUGCGAGCCCCCCCUGCACCCGGCCCUGCGGCAGCUCAGCAUCCAGCUGAGGCACCGCCUCCGCUUCCGGCGCCUGGCGCAGUCCACCGAGUCGCUGCUGCGGCGCUUCCAGGAGCAGAACGCAGACAAGGAGGCGGAGAAACCGGAGGCCCACGGCCCUGGGGGGGGCCCUGGGGGGGGCCCGGACAGACCCGCCCACCUGGAAGAGGGGCUCGGCUUCAUGGAGUUUUCCCAGAAGGAAGUGGCGGAGCAGCUCACCCGAUUGGACGCUGCGCUCUUCGUCCGCGUCGUGCCGUUCCACUGCCUGGGCUGCGUCUGGUCGCAGCGGGACAAGAAGGAGAACCGCGGCCUGGCGCCCAGCGUGCGCGCCACCAUCGCCCAGUUCAACGCCGUCACCAACCGGGUCAUCACCUCGCUGCUCUGCCCGCACGGCGCCGCCGGCCCCGCCUCCCCCGCGCCCUCGUCCUCCUCCCCCGUCCCUCCCCCCUCCUCCCCCGUCCCUCCCCCCUCCUCCCCCGGCUCCCCCCGUCUCUCCCACAGCAGCGUGGGCGCCCGGGCGCUGGUCAUCGAGCGCUGGAUCGCCAUCGCACAGGAGUGCCGUCAGCUGAGGAACUUCUCGUCCCUGAGGGCGAUCCUCUCGGCGCUGCAGUCCAACGCCGUCUACCGGCUGAAGAAGACCUGGGGGGCCGUCAGCAGGGAGAGCAUGGCGAGCUUCGAGCUCCUGUGCACGACCUUCCCUGACGACAACUGCAUGGUGACGGGACGAGAGAUCCUCACCGAGGAAGGACAUCACGACGAGGACCACGCCAGCACGCUGCCCAAGUCCGCCAAACUCGGCCAAACUUCAUCCAAACAAACGGGCAGUGUCCCCUACCUGGGUACCUUCCUGACGGUCCUCACCAUGUUGGACACAGCGCUGACCGACAACGUGCAGGACGACCUCAUCAACUUUGAGAAGCGCAGACGGGAGUUUGACAUCAUCUCCCAGAUCCACCAGCUGCAGGCGUCCUGCUCCCACUACAGCUUCCCAGUCCACGCCCCGAUCGACGCCUGGCUACAGGAACACGCGCUGCUCACCGACCAGGAGAGCUACGACCUGUCCCGGUCGCUGGAGCCCCCCGUGGACCCCUGCCCCUCCUCGCCCAGCUCCUGGAGCCACCGCCUGCUCAACAAGAAGUUCACCUCGCUGCGGGGGGCCGGUGAGACCUCCUCCGGCAGGAAGGCGCAGGCGGACCAGAUCAGCGUGUCGUCGUCGGGGUCCAGCAGCUCUGAGACGGAGGACCCCUCCAGCCCCCCCCUCGCGCCCCCCCCAGCGGUGCUCCGACUCAAGCUCAAGACACUGUCCGGCUCGCUGCACAACGUGGCCGAGGACUUCUUCUCCUCCUCCAGCUCCCCGGGCUCCUCCCUCUCCUCCUGCUCCUCCCACCCCGACCUGAGCUCUGGGGGCCUCGAGGCCCCGGGCCCCCGCUCCCCCCGGCCCGUCUAUAACCAGCAGGGGGCGGACUCCUGCAUCGUCCGGGUCAGCGUGGAGGACGGCAACAACGGGAACAUCUACAAGAGCAUCCUGCUGACCAGCCAGGACCACACGGCCCACGUGAUCCAGCGGGCUCUGGAGAAACACAACAUGGAGACCUACAGCAGCCAGGACUUCAGCCUCACCCAGCUGCUGACCCCCGACAAAGAGCUCCUCAUCCCGGAGAAGGCCAACGUCUUCUACGCCAUGAGCACCACCGCCAACUACGACUUUGUGCUCAGGCAGCGCUGGAAGACCCCCAGCCGCCCGCUGUGCAGCUCCUCCAGUGCCGAGGCUCACCCCAAGUGAACAGCGCCCCCGCCUGGCCGGGGGCGCACAUGACACUCCGAGGACGGCGUGCUGUUGGUUGAACCCCACCUGUUGAAGUCCUCCCAGGACCGUCGGAAGGGCAAGACGCAGGCGGAGAGCGACUGAAGCCAUUUGCAUCGGAGGAGUAUCGACGGCGCUUUGACAGUCAAAUUCUGACGGACCUAACGUCUACAGCGCUGCGCUGAAGGAAGCAGGAUCUGACCUCGAUGGAGCGUUGUAGAGGUGGUUCUGGGCGUACUGGAGAGACCAGACCCUGUGACGGAGGGUGCAUAUGAAUAGAGUGAGACUGAGACUCCAGGCUGGGGCGUCACAGUCCAACAGAACCCUCUAGGGGGCUGUGAUGGAACUCGCCCCCCCCCCCCCAGAGACGACUCUAUUCAGCCCUCUGGACGUUCAGAGGGAACAAGCUCUACCGCCGUGUUGGCUUGUUCCCGAGGGCCGCAGCCGACAGAUGUCUGGUCUCUCUCUGGGCUGACUGGUCUCUUUCGGGGGCUGACUGGUCUCUCUCUGGACUGACUGGUCUCUCUCUGGACUGACUGGUCUCUCUCUGGACUGACUGGUCUCUCUCUGGACUGACUGGUCUCUCUCUGGACUGACUGGUCUCUUUCGGGGGCUGACUGGUCUCUCUCUCUGGGGGCUAACUGGUCUCUCUCUGGAGGCUGACUGGUCUCUCUCUGGGGGCUGACUGGUCUCUCUCUCUGAGGGCUAACUGGUCUCUCUCUGGAGGCUGACUGGUCUCUCUCUGGGGGCUGACUGGUCUCUCUCUCUGGGGGCUAACUGGUCUCUCUCUUGGGGGCUGACUGGUCUCUCUCUUGGGGGCUGACUGGUGUCUCUCUCUGGGGGCUGACUGGUGUCUCUCUCUGGGGGCUGACUGGUCUCUCUCUCUGGGGGCUGACUGGUCUCUCUCUCUGGGGGCUGAC